AUGCGUGAAGUGCUGGAAGAUCUUGAACAAGCUGAGGGAAAAAAAAAAAUUGAAAGAAAAGCUAUGGAGGCCAAUAACGCUACUAAUGCUUCUGAAGAGGGCUCUAACAAUACGCCCAGCAUUAGUAAUAAUGGAUAUGUUCACUCAGUGGUACUAGUAUGCCUUGAUGCAUCAGAUGUAAAACUUGAGAGCGCAACACAAAUACCUCUUGCGAAUCUUGAUCCAAACAACUUUGUGCAAUCGCUUCGAAAUUUAUAUGAAUUGGUGGCAAAAACACGAUUUCCAAAACGAUGGGGUGACGUGGACGCUACGAAAAUAUUUUUUCGCCUUGAAUGGAGUGAUCCGCGUCUAAUUCCUUUGAUCGAUGAGAGUACAUUUAGACAGUUUUGGUCAGCGUAUUCAACGAUGGUAACUGAUUUGCAGUUGGUUGUGUAUACACGACGAAGUACAGUGAAAAAACCACUAGUCAUAGGUACAGAUAUCGAUCCAUUAACAUCGAUACCAAUCGCUCCUUUGACUCCACGAAAAAGUCCCCCACGAAUUACAAAUCCUGGACCGGGCAAUCUCGAUAUGAUUUCAGAGAGCCUUGCUUCUUCGCCAACAUUUCAACAG